AUGCCUGUCGUCAAAGGAGGUGUCUGGACCAAUAUCGAAGAUGAGGUGCUUCGUGCAGCUGUAUCGAAAUAUGGUCUGAACCAGUGGGCUCGAGUGUCCUCACUGCUCGCGCGGAAAACACCGAAGCAAUGUAAGGCGCGCUGGAUUGAAUGGUUGGACCCGGGUAUUCGCAAGGUCGAGUGGUCACGGGAGGAGGAUGAGAAGCUCUUGCACCUCGCGAAACUGAUGCCCACGCAAUGGCGCACGAUCGCACCCAUCGUUGGGCGUACCGCGACACAAUGUCUUGAACGCUACCAGAAGCUUCUCGAUGAGGCCGAGUCUCGUGAGAACGAUGAGCUUGGGCUAGGAGGGCCUGGUGAGGAGAGCGCUGCGCCCAGUGCGGAUGAUGUCCGCCGUCUACGUCCCGGUGAACUUGACCCCGACCCGGAAUCCAAGCCUGCUCGCCCCGAUACGAUCGACCUGGAUGAAGAUGAGAAGGAGAUGCUGAGCGAAGCCCGUGCUCGUCUCGCCAACACACAGGGUAAAAAGGCCAAGCGAAAGGCCAGAGAACGUCAAUUAGAAGAGUCCCGGCGACUUGCGGUCCUCCAGAAGCGCCGCGAACUGAAGCAUGCCGGUAUCAACGUCAAGGUCGUCACAAGGAAGCCCGGCCAGAUGGAUUACAAUGCAGACAUUCCCUUCGAAAAGCCAGCCGCUCCUGGAUUCUACGACACAAUUAAUGAACAGAGUCAGAAUGAACGUGAACGGGAAGCAUUUGAUCCUCGAAAGCAGCAGCUCGCGAAUAAGCGAAAGGGUGAUCAAGAUGAUGAUGCGGAGCGCAAGAAGCGUAAGAACGAUAAGAACAGUGCCACAGCCGCUUCAGCUGCUGCCGCGCGAGCAGGUCAAAUGCAAAAAAUCCGUGAGGCGGAGCAGAGCAGCAAGCGACGAGGCUUGAAUCUACCAGCGCCUCAGGUCAGCGAAAGCGAGAUGGAAGAUAUUAUUAAGAUGGGAAUGGCUGGUGACAAGGCCAGCAAAAUGAGCGCCGACGAAGAAACCACUCGGGGUCUCAUUGGUAACUACUCGGGCAUCGUUGGAGGAACCCCGAUCAGAACCCCGCGCGCUGCCCCCGAGGAGGAUCACAUCGCCAACGAAAUCAAGAACAUUCGGGCUUUGACCGAGACACAGUCUUCUCUCCUAGGCGGAGACAACACGCCUCUUCACGAGGGUGGCUCAUCAACUGGCUUUGAUGGGAUUGCUCCUCGGCGACAGGAUAUCGUCACCCCCAACCCCAUGGCCACGCCAUUCCGGCAAGCGAACGGCAUGGGUGCCACACCUAUGCCUGGUGGUGUUGGUGCUACGCCAUUGCGCACACCACGAGACCACUUUGCUCUGAACCGGGAGGGAGGGGGCACACAGCUUGUUGGAAGCACGCCUCGCGACAUCCGAAACCAUGAGAAUUUCAUACGCCAACAGAUGCGUAGCAAGCUCGCCUCGCUUCCAAAGCCCAAGGAGACCGAGUGGGACUUGGAAGAGCUUCCAUCUGAGAACGCCGAGCCCACCGCGGCUAUGGAACUCAGUGAAGAGGAUGCUGCUGAGCGUGACCGCAGAGACCGAGAGGCACAAGAACUGGCCGCAAAAGCCGAAUUCAAGCGCCAAUCACAAGUCUAUCAGCGCGGCUUGCCUCGUCCCACUGUUUUGGACCUGGACGCUCUGAUGGAACGUGCUUCUAGCGCAGGCGAUGGCAUUGAAAAAAUGAUCGCCAAAGAAGCCGCCAUUUUGAUUGCACACGACUCCCGCAAAUUCCCUCUUCCCGAUGCCAAGGUCGAAGGGAAGGCACCAAAGCUCAGCCAACUGGAAGACCGUUUCCUGGCAGCAGCACGAGCUUCCAUUGCCGCCGAGAUUGCCUCCACUCAAGCACAGCAGUCCGAAUGGCAAGAAAAAUUCGACGAUGGCUGGUCAACAGUUCGCGCCAACUCCCUUCCUGGUCUUGAAAACUACGACGAUGAAGAGGACGACUUCAAGGAAGAGCAGAAGAUGAUCGAGCUCUUCGACAACGUCCAAAAAACUCUCUUCGAGACCGCUGAUCGUGGAAACAAGCUCGAAAAGAAGCUAUCUCUGCAUUACGGUGGAUAUCAGAACCGUGCUAAGACGCUACGCUCGAAGAUCCUAGAGGCCAGCGUCGCUUUGCCCAAGGCCACUGAUGACCUGGACUCUUUCCGUACACUCCAGAUCUCUGAAGAGUCAGCCGUAUCUCGACGGCUUGAAAAGCUCCGCUCGGAUGUCUCGUUUGUUCUGCGGCGCGAGCGUGAAGCCCAGGAUCUCUACAAGACCCGCAAAGAUGAGUUGGAUGAGCUUGUUUCCGGGACGGCUGCUGUAAAUGGCUGGCACUAG